CGCCGGUGAUGGGCGCCACGGGUCCCGCGUGCGCCGCGCGCGAGCCCCCAGCGCUGGAGCCGCGCGCGCCGUCCCUGCUGCGGCACGUGCGGCUGGAGAACCUGGCGGCGGGAAUGAGCGGCGGCGUCCUGGCCACCCUGGCGCUGCACCCGCUCGACCUCGUCAAGAUCCGCUUCGCAGUAAGUGAUGGAUUGGAGCUGAGGCCAAAAUACAAUGGGAUUUUCCACUGUAUGUCCACUGUCUGGAAGCAUGAAGGACUACGAGGCUUAUAUCAAGGGGUAACUCCAAACAUGGUGGGAGCAGGGGCUUCCUGGGGACUUUACUUUUUCUUUUACAAUGCCAUCAAAGCUUACAAGAAGGAAGGCAAGAUGGAAAGUCUCAGUGCAACCGAACACCUAGUGUCAGCUGCGGAGGCUGGAGCCAUGACACUCUGCAUUACAAACCCAGUAUGGGUAACGAAGACACGACUGGUGCUACAAUACAACGCUGGUGUUGAUCCAUCAAAGCGGCAGUACAGAGGGAUGGUUGAUGCUCUUGUAAAGAUAUACAAGACAGAGGGCAUUCGUGGCUUGUAUAAGGGGUUUGUGCCUGGUCUGUUUGGAACUUCACAUGGAGCACUUCAGUUCAUGGCAUAUGAGGAUUUGAAAGAGAGAUACAACAAGUACAGAAACAGAGUAUCAGAUACAAAAUUGAACACUGUGGAAUACAUAAUGAUGGCAGCCGUAUCCAAAAUAUUUGCUGUGUCAGCAACAUACCCCUACCAAGUUGUGCGAGCUCGUCUUCAAGAUCAGCAUAACACAUAUUCUGGUGUGUUUGAUGUGAUCCGCAGGACAUGGAGGAAAGAAGGAAUUCAUGGAUUUUACAAAGGAAUUAUCCCCAAUGUGAUCAGAGUGACUCCUGCCUGCUGUAUUACCUUUGUAGUUUAUGAAAAUGUGUCUGGCUUUUUACUUGGUUUUAGAAAAGAAAAUAAUUAAAAGUACAAACGUGGGUUCCUAAGGAAUCUAUCCUUUAUUUUUUAUAUUUAUGAUCUGGAAAAAUUUAGUUCAGCAGUCUUUUUUGACACUGAAUUGAUCUGGUAUUUUGAGGAAAGAACAUAGAGACAGUAAAACCCUGCCAACAUCUCUCCUGUUGAACGUUCUUGUGUUGCUGCCUUCCUCUCUAUCUGCUGUGUCUGCUUGAAACAGAUGUCUGCAACUGUGAAAUAAUAGCCCUGUGACUGGGUGAAGGCAGCUGUGCAGCAACUCAGUUCAUCCUGGUCUGCCUGGAAUAACCGACCAAGCUGUUUCAACAAGUCUCGAGAUAACAGUUGAUCAGAUUCUUCUCCUGCAUAAGUGAAAAAAACUUCAUAUAAAAGCAACUCUGGGGCCUGUCAAAACUUCUUAAAAUCGAGUCUCAUGAAGAAAUGAGCAAUGUCCUCUGAAUCCAGCUCUGUGUUAUUUGUCAGAUUUUAGGAUAUGGAAUGCUCCAAAUUCCAUUACUCAUCCAACACAAAAAUUCUUCCUCGGUGGGGUGCACUUUAGAAACUAAUAUUGUUUUUUAAAAUAGCUCUCCGUUCUUUGGUUUGAAUAAUUGCCAAUCUGAUGCAACCCAGUUCUUGUCUCAUACCAGGACAUACUUGCAUUGUGGGUUUUGACUUGGUUUUAGCACCAGACCAAAGUGUAUGUUGUAUGCAUUGCUCACCACUUAAUUCAUUUUCUCUCUUCCCUUCUCUCUCCAUCUCUCUCUGUCUCUCUAUGCCAGAGUCUGUCUCCAUUGCUGAUACAUCUGACCAAAUAUUACUAAGGAAAUGCAUAUUUGAAAGUGGGCUUACAUUCUAAAAAUGAGCAUUUUUUUCUAGUAAUCCAUAGUGAUGCAGUGUUCAAACCACUGUAAAUAACAAAUAUGACCAUGCUAAUUUUCAGUAAUAUUCUCUGGAAAAAAAAAGAAGUCUAUAACUAGUCUAAAAAAAUCUUGUGCACAGGUCUUUAUUUUAAAAAAACAGAAUGAUGCUUUAAUGCCCUCUGAUGUGGCUUAAGGAAAGGACUGUUAAGAAUAUAUUGAUUGCUAAUUUAGUGAUAAAUUAAAUUACAGUGCAUCUCAUUAAAUUUGUAUAAUAAUGAUGGUUGUUUGCUUGCUAAUAACUGCUGUCAAGCAUAUGUACUUUUUGGAGGUCGGGGUUUGCGGGUUUGGAGUUUUUGUAGUUCUUUAAGAAAAUACAUUACUGACCAUAGUAUUUCCCUUCUGCUGUUGAUAAGAAGAUAUUGAGAAGUAUCUAGAAAGUAUCACUUAACUAGGAAAUAAGUUAGCAAAGAUUAUUCAACAGGUAGGGGGAAAUCAGUCAGUUACCUAAGGAGCAGAAAUUUCCUGUUUACCAGACUAACUUAAAGGAGAAAGAAGCGUUUUUAGAAAAAAUUUAACAGAUUAGGGAAUUGGUUUCACUUUUUAAGUUAAAAUUUGGAAAACUACAGAAACUCCUCAGUAUUUUGAAUCUAAAUUCAGCAAUCCACUUGCUUGUUUCUGUCGGUAUUAUUGCCACAUACCAUAUUUUUUGUAUAAUUAACUUUAUUAAUAAUUCCCGCUUUCUCUUCCACAUUCUCAUCCUCUCUACUGAUACAGUUGAUAAUCU